GGGUUCAGUUCAGCCAACCUCAUUGGAUUUAGUUCUUAACUGAAAAGCGUAUGGUGAAGACGUUAUUUUUCUAGAUAUUAUUCGCAAAUCUAUUCGUUGUCUUUAUCAAUAAAAUCUAUAUUUAGUAUAUAUAAAAAUUAUACUGCAAUAUAAAAUCUACUAUUUGAAAGAUGACAACCCCAAUAAGUACAGCAAUGGAUAGAUUAAGUGCUGCAUUAAAUUCAAAUAUAAUACCAAAUCAAGAAUAUUUACUCCAAGGCUCGGUAUUAGACAGUGCUGUGGAAGUGUUGCUUCAUAGAUUAAGAGGCUUAUGUGAUAAUGUUGAUAGCGGUCCUGAAACAUUCAACGAUCAUGAAAUGUGUUUUAGUAUUAGAAGAGGACCUCCUCCUGAACAACCAUUACUGUUAAGAGUUAGAAGGGCAUUGGAUUAUCAAGAUAUGCCUUGGCAAUUAAGAUAUAUAGGUCAACCAGAAUUAGGUGAUAAAUCACGUCCUACAAUUGUACGCAGCAGCAUAGAUAUUGCUACCAGCAGUACUGUUGUUGAAUUUUUAACAGAAUUAGGUUGUAGAUUGGAUUUUGAAUAUAUAGCUAGAGGUUACAUGUUCCGCAAAGGUAGAAUGAAAGUUACAGUAUCAAAGAUUUUUAAGAUGGGUCAACAAGGAAAAAUACCUGAAAGUGUAGAAGCUAUAUCCCAAAGUUAUCUGGUAGAAUUAAGUGUUCUUGCACCUAGUGGUCAAGAUGCAAUAGCAGAGGAUAUGAGAAUAUUCGCAGAACAGUUAAAACCAUUGGUUCAGCUUGAAAAGAUUGAUUAUAAAAGACUUGUUCAUUAAAGUAUACAUUUGAGAAAAUAUAAAGAAGAUAUAAAUAUCAUA